AUGGCUGCAGCAUGGAUCCUGGUGCUGAUGCCUGUGGUGCUGGGUUUGGCCAGAGCAGGUCCUCUCCCCACUUCCAAGGCCACCACCACUGGGACGGGCUGCAACAUCGGCAGGUUCAAGUCUCUGUCGCCACGGGAGCUGGAGGCCUUCAAGAAGGCUAAGAAUGCCUUGGAAGAGUCCCUCCUGCUGAAAAACUGGAGCUGCAGCUCCCGCCUCUUCCCCAGGACCUGGGACCUGAGGCAGCUUCAGGUGCAGGAGCGCUCCAUAGCUCUGGAGGCUGAGCUGGCCCUGACGCUGAAGGUCCUGGUGACCGUGACUGACCCGGCCCUGGGGGACAUCCUGGACCAGCCCCUUCACACACUGCACUACAUCCACUCCCAGCUCCAGGCCUGUGUCCCUGCUCAGCCCACAGCAGGCCCCAGGCCCCGAGGUCGCCUCCACCACUGGCUGCACCGGCUCCAGGAGGCCCCAAACAAGGAGUCCCCUGGAUGCCUGGAGGCCUCUGUCACCUUCAACCUCUUCCGCCUCCUCACACGGGACCUGAAAUGUGUCGCCAGUGGAGACCUGUGUGUCUGA